UUGUUUUCUCUCUCAGCUGCUGAUGGAGUCGAGCACAGGACGCUUCUCUCUCCUCUCACCGCACCCGGCGCUUUUUCUUCGUCCGGAGGACAGGAGUUACCCGCGCAGCCCGAAAUGCGCCCGCUGCAGGAAUCACGGGCUGGUUUCAGCUCUGAAGGGUCACAAGCGCUUCUGCCGCUGGCGGGACUGCGCGUGCGUAAAAUGCGCAUUAAUCGCGGAGAGACAGCGCGUCAUGGCAGCGCAGGUUGCCCUGCGGAGGCAGCAGGCUCAGGAGGAGCUGCAGAUGGUUUAUCCCGCCACAGGUGCGACCGAGAGCGGCAUGAGCCCGUCCAUAACACCGAUGAGCUCUUCCGCCUCGCCCGCGUUUGAAGCCUACAGUGCGGAUACGUUUAAAGACGAAAGACCUCUGAGUAAGUGCAGUGUGUUUGCUGGGUUCAUGAAUCGGGCUUUGUUUGCCCCUCACACACCUGCGGUGAUCUCUCCACCCAGAGAAAACGACCCGUUAAAUGAAAGCAUGUCACCUUGUCUGGAUCAUCUCUCACACAUCUCCUCAGAUUUAGAGUCUGGCGUUGAGUCUGAGAAAUCUAAAGAAGAGCUGUUGGAGAUGAGCAGGCCAAACCCCACCGCAGUUCUGAAGAAGAUCUUCCCUCACGUGAAAGCAGACGCUCUUGAGUCGGCUCUUAAGAGCUGUUCGGGAGACAUCGUGAAGGCCAUCGAAGUGGUGCUCGGUGGUCCGGAGGAUCAGAGCUCAAACAGCGGUGUUACGUCGCUGUCUGAAAACCUGCCCAUCUCAAAUGCCAUUCAUUUCACAGAAGAUCCACUGAGACAUUUCACCUCAAAAUCGGCUUUCUCUUCCCUCCAAUCGUCAUCCACUAAGUCUUUAAGUGCUGAAGGCUUGUUGGGGUUAAACCCUCGGUUUGCGAUCGGCCCGCUGCGGCUCACCUAUUCAACUCCAAACUUUAUUCCACCAUACCUGGCAUCUGGAUUUCUGCCAGCGAUGACCCUGCGGUCCCCAACAGGAUAUUCGUUCGGCGGUGUGCUGCGGGACCUGCCUUACCCAAAAGACACAUUCAACCCCCGGAGCCUGUACCCCACCCUCAACCAUGGCAAAUAACCCAAACACACCCAAAAACACUUUCAGCAAAUGAAAUAAUUAUAUUUCUGUAAAGCUGGUGCCUCAAUCUAGGCUAUGUUUGUACCUUAUUUCAUUUUUAACUAAAUAGCUCACCGGUUAGAGCAUCGUGCUAGAAACACAAACUGAUAAUGUGUAGAUUGAAUAUGAUGUGAAGUCUAAUUGAAUAUUAAAGGGUCUAUCAAAUG